AGUUAAUAAAGGGUUGUGUAAAAAUUCGGGAAGAAUUGUCACAGGGAAAUGACACUGGGAGCACAAAUCGAGGCCUCCACAGAAAACGGGAGCAUGAAAAUCCCUUUACUGAACGGCAAUGAGGAUCAAACGACUACUGAUAUGAAGCAACCUAUGGAGGAAACUGGGAGCAUAAGCACAAUCAUGAAGACCGUUGUUGAGAAAGGUGAAGUCGAGGCUACAAAAGAGGAAGGAAGCAAGAAAGAGAAGGAAAAAGAGAAAAAGAAUGAGAAGAGCGAGAAAGAAGUGGAUGGUGAUAAGGAUAAAGACGCUGCGAAUGAGCAAGAAGUUGUUUUCAUUCAAGAUAUGGGAUUCAUUGUUAGAAUUGUUAGUCCAGGUGCUGAACCUUUUGAUAUUCAAGUCUCAAGUAUGGAACUGGUACAGGAAAUCCAUCAGUUGCUCAUGGAUCGCGAAGACACCUGCCACCGCACUUGUUUCUCUCUUCAGCUCGAUGGUAAUACAUUGGAUAACUUUGCCGAGCUGAAGAACAUCGAAGGUCUAAAAGACGGUUCAAUGAUUAAGGUCGUAGAGGAGCCGUACACGAUGCGAGAGGCCCGCAUACACGUUCGACAUGUACGAGAUUUAUUGAAGUCCGUAGAUCCUGCAGAUGCUUACAAUGGUGUCGAAUGUAGCAGUUUGUCGUUUCUGAACGUAGUUACUAACGGUGACAUUCUCGAGAAAAAGAAGAGCAGGGCAGAUUCGGUUGACUGUACUCCACCGGAUUACAUUAUACCCGGAUGUAAAGACAGGCCUUUAUUACCCCUACAACCGCAAGCUAAGGAACAGAAAUGUCCUCCAUGUUUAAAAGUCCUAACAACGUCUGGAUGGAAUCCUCCACCUGGCCACAGGAAGCUUCACGGUGACUUGUUAUACUUACACGUGGUAACCUUAGAGGACAAGCAAUAUUAUUUAACCGCAUGUGCUAGGGGUUUCUUCGUCAAUCAGUCGACGAAAGAGAUGUUUAACCCAAAACCGGCGACCCCGAGUCAUCUGUGUCAUAGUUUGAUCGAGCUACUGAAUCAACUCAGCCCGACAUUUAAACGGGGUUUCGCUGCUAUGCAACGAAGGAGAACACAAAGACACCCUUUUGAAAGAGUUGCUACACCUUAUCAACUUUACGCGUGGAGCGCACCUCAAAUUGAACAUACGAUCGAUGCAAUACGCGCCGAAGACACUUUCUCUUCGAAAUUGGGCUACGAGGAGCACAUCCCUGGGCAAACUCGAGAUUGGAACGAGGAGUUACAAACAACGAGAGAGUUACCUCGCAAAAAUUUACCAGAAAGACUGCUUAGAGAACGUGCUAUUUUUAAAGUUCAUAGUGAUUUCGUCGCUGCUGCAACUCGGGGGGCAGUAGCCGUAAUAGAUGGUAAUGUGAUGGCAAUAAAUCCGGGAGAGGAAGCGAAAAUGCAGAUGUUUAUUUGGAACAAUAUAUUCUUCUCCCUUGGAUUCGACGUGAGAGAUCAUUACAAAGAACUGGGCGGUGAUGCUGCCGCGUUUGUCGCGCCUCGGAACGAUUUACAAGGUGUCAGAGUUUACGCUGCAGUCGAUUUACCCGGCCUUUACACCCUUGGUACCGUUGUAAUCGACUAUAGAGGAUAUCGUGUCACGGCUCAGUCGAUCAUCCCAGGAAUCUUGGAACGUGAGCAGGAGCAAUCUGUUGUUUAUGGUUCUAUAGAUUUUGGGAAAACUGUUUUAACGCACCCUAAGUAUCUCGAAUUGUUAAAUAAAGCCGGUCAACAAUUAAAAAUCCUUCCCCAUAAAGUAAUCAAUGAUGCUGGAGAAGAAGUCGAACUUUGUAGCAGCGUAGAAUGCAAGGGUAUCAUUGGAAACGAUUCUCGACAUUACGUACUCGAUUUAUUACGGACAUUUCCUCCUGAUGUCAACUUCCUUAAAUUGGAAGGCGUCGAACUGAGCAAAGAAGCUAGAGCAUUAGGUUUUCCAAUUGAACACAAGCAUAGAUUAGCUUGUCUUCGUCAGGAAUUGAUCGACUCCUUUGUCGAGGCUAGAUACGUUCAAUUUAUUAAACAUGCCGCUGCUCAUCUUCAGCAGCUCACGUCUGCAAGACGAGUGCAGAAAGAAAAAGAGACCACUGCUAAGGAAGGUAAAAAGGAAGAAUCGAACGCCAUCAUAGUGGAUAGCAACAAAGAAGAUUCUACUCAAUCGCUUAUCGAAGCAGAUGAAGCAAAGAAAAUUGUAGAGAGUAUUACAGACUCUAUUACUGGCGGAGAGAAACAAGAAUUGGAAGAAAGUACAAAAGAAAUCGUUCGAAGAGCAGCAUCGGCAGUGGGUAGCUUACGAGAAGCAGAAUUUGACGUCAGAUUUAACCCAGACGUAUUUUCGCCGGGUGUACAGCAUCCUGAUCUAAACGGUCCUGCCUUAAAGAAACAAAAGCAAUUAGUGCAAGAUGCUGCUGACUUUUUAUUGACCGUACAAAUUCCUACGUUUAUCCGUGAAUGCUUGGAUCACACAGCCGCAGCGAUGGACGGCAGUACAUUAGUAGAAGCUUUGCAUGGCAGAGGUAUCAAUGUGCGUUACCUUGGUAAAUUAGCAACCAUGUUAGCAGCUACGGUGCCGCAAUUGCAAUAUCUUCACCGUAUCGCCGUCUCGGAGCUUGUUUUGCGCUCGGCGAAACACAUUUUCACAUUCUAUAUGCAGGGUACAGAAUUGAUGAGUCUCUCCGCCGCGAUUAGUCACUUCUUGAAUUGCUUAUUGUCCUCGGCACAAAUUAUUCAUCCACAGCAGAAUCUGGAAGAGCUUCAGAGUAAAACUGCAAAGCGACGCAAUAAAAGGAAAGGUCGAAAUAAUGGUCCGCAACAGUCCGAGGUGGAAUGGGCAUCAUUGACGCCUAGAUCUCUCUGGCAACAAAUUAAAGCUGAUCUGAAAGCCUAUUACGAUUGGGAGACACCGAGCCCAGAGUCAUUAGACGCCACAAUAGAUCACUUUCACCUGCAAAAGAUCUCCUUGCUCCGUGGUUUCUGUAUAAAGACUGGCAUCCAAAUAUUGUUGCGCGAAUACAACUUCGAAAAUAAAAAUAGGGCUACAUUCUUUGAAGAAGACAUACUCAACAUAUUCCCUGUCGUGAAGCAUAUCAAUCCUAGAGCUAGUGACGCAUAUAACUUUUAUACAACGGGUCAAAGUAAAAUUCAGCAAGGUUACUUGAAGGACGGAUACGAAUUGAUUAGCGAAGCACUGAAUCUUUUGAACAACGUUUAUGGCGCUAUGCAUCCUGAAAUCGCACAAUGUCUCAGAAUGCUCGCACGGUUAAAUUAUAUAAUGGGCGAUCACGGUGAAGCUCUUGCUACCCAACAAAAAGCUGUUCUUAUGUCGGAAAGAGUUAACGGCAUCGAUCAUCCGUACACCAUUACCGAAUACAUUCAUCUUGCACUUUACUCCUUCGCAAAUGGUCAAGUUUCCGUGUCGCUGAGGUUACUGUAUAGAGCACGUUAUUUGGCCUUAUUAGUUUGCGGCGAAGAUCAUCCGGAAGUAGCACUCCUCGAUAGUAAUAUUUCGUUGAUACUUCAUGCUGUUGGAGAAUACGAAUUGUCGCUUCGCUUUUUGGAGCAUGCUUUGGCCUUAAACCUUCGAUACCACGGUCUACGGUCAUUGAAGGUCGCUGUUUCCUACCACCUUGUCGCGAGGACCCAGUCCUGCAUGGGUGAUUUCCGCGCGGCUUUGAACAACGAAAAAGAAACUUAUGCUAUAUAUAAACAACAGUUGGGCGAGGACCACGAAAAGACCAAAGAAAGCAGCGACUGCCUAAGACACCUCACACAGCAGGCCGUUGUCCUGCAGAAAAAAAUGAAUGAAAUUUACACGGGCAAGUCGGGUGUCAGCCUGCCUCCUAUUCAGGUGCAACCACCCAGUAUGGGGUCCGUUCUAGACAUGUUGAAUGUAAUUAAUGGCAUACUGUUUGUUCAAAUUAGCCAGCAGGAUAUAGAAAACUUCAAGGCUGAAAUAGAGAAACGGCAGAAGGAGCAGACACCUGACGGUGAUAUAAAGGCGAUCCAAAAUGAGAAUAAGAAAAACGAGAAGGAGAAUAAGAAAGACGAGAAGGAGAAUAAGAAAGAUGAGAAGGAGAAUAAGAAAGAUGAGAAGGAGAAUAAGAAAUUAGAAAAGAAUAUCGAAGCGCAGCAAGUAGAGUCGAAAAAGCUGGAGGAAAGCAAAACUACGUUAGAACCAGUAGUUGCGGAGAGCUGAGCUCGUUUCAACGCG